CCACCGUUCCGGCCGCAGAAGCGCACGCCCCCCUCGCCGCAACUCCUCCCCACCCCGAAUCCCCACAACCCCCGAGUGGCGGCGGCGGCGGCGGCGGCGGAUUCGGCCAUGGUGCGGUGCAGCAACGGCCUCCUGGGCCUCCUGAACGCGGGCGUGCUGGUCCUGGCCGUCGUCGCGCUUGGCGGCGGCGCGUGGCUGAGCCACCGGGCUUCCACCGACUGCGAGCGGUUCCUCGAGCGGCCCGUCAUCGCGCUGGGCGUCCUCCUCCUCGCGCUCUCCCUCGCGGGCCUGGCGGGGGCGCUCUGCCGCGCCUCCUGCCUCCUCUGGCUCUACCUCCUCGCGCUCUUCCUCCUCAUCGUGCUCCUCUUCGCCUUCACCAUCUUCGCCUUCGUCGUCACCAACCGCGGCGCAGGGUGGGUCGUCUCCGGCAGGGGGUACAAGGAGUACCGCCUCGGGGACUACUCCACCUGGCUGCAGCGGAGGGUCGAGAACGCAGGGAAUUGGGCCAAGGUCAGGAGCUGCCUCCAGGACGGCAAGGUCUGCCAGAAGCUUGCGGACAGGAAGGAGACGGUCACCCAGUUCGUCAACAGCAACCUCUCCCCGAUCCAGUCUGGAUGCUGCAAGCCACCCACCGGCUGCAACUUCACCUACCAGAGUGAGACCGUCUGGAUCAAACCCACUGGCUUCAACACUACCACCGACGACCCCGACUGCACCACAUGGUCGAACGACCAGACCGCCCUCUGCUACGACUGCAUGGCGUGCAAGGCAGGUGUGCUCGCCAACCUGAAGAACGACUGGAAGAAGAUUGCAACCAUCAACAUUGUCUUCUUGAUCUUCCUCAUCGUCAUCUACUCUGUCGGGUGCUGUGCGUUCAGGAACAACCGGCAGGACAACUCGUACCCGGCCUGGAAGUGAGGUGCGCCUGGGCGUGGCAAUGUAUAGGCUGUCAGGCUGUGUGACUGCGUUCCUGUGUCAGGAGUUGGGUUCGCUCCUGUGUGUCUAGCAAGCUACCGUCUGUCUUAGGGUGUGGGAUUAUGUGUCAACCGUGACUAGUUGAUGCUUGCUAUGUUGCCCCCGAACGCAUGAUGUGUGAAGGCUCCUAAUCAUGAUUUGCCGGAAAAUUACCUUGCUCGCAAGCUGUUCAUUC